CCCCGUCUGCCAUUUCCCAUACUUCACACCACUUGUACAACUUCAUCCCAUUUACUACUUACUCUACCUUUCAUCUCAAGUCCAAUCAGGCACCCAACUCUUUCAAACUUCUCCUCCACCACACUCACAAUGUCUUCCGAGACCAAGCAAACGGCUCCUGAGGUCCAGAGCGGCUCAGCACCCCACCGCUUCGACCCCAACUUCACUGAUGCCGUGAUCAACGCCAUGGGCCCCAACACCGACCCUCGCCUCCGCGUCGUCAUGUCCUCCCUCAUCCGCCACCUCCACGACUUCACCCGUGAAGUCGAACUCACAGUCGACGAGUGGAUGGCCGGCGUCAAAUUCAUCAACCUCAUCGGCCAAACCUCGACCCCAACCCGCAACGAAGCCCACCGCAUGUCCGACGUGCUAGGCCUCGAAUCCCUCGUCGACGAAAUCGCCCACAAGCACGUCAACGAGUCCGGCGAAGAACCAACCUCCUCCUCCAUCCUGGGCCCCUUCUGGUCCCCCAACGCCCCCUUCCGCGAACUCGGCGGCUCCAUCAUCCAAGACCCCGCCCCCAACGGCCAAACCACCCUCAUGCACGGCGUCAUCACCGACCUCGACACCAAGAAACCCAUCCCCGGCGCCGUCAUCGACAUCUGGCAGGCCUCGGCAAACGGCCGCUACGACUUCCAGGACCCGGAAAACCAAUCCCCCAACAACCUCCGCGGCAAGUUCCGCACAAACGACAAGGGAGAGUACUGGUUCUACUGCUACAAGCCUACUGCCUACUCGCUUCCUACCGAUGGUGCUGCCGGUGAGCUGUUCAAGGCUCUCGAUAGACACCCCAUGCGUCCCGCGCACAUCCAUCUCAUGAUGACGGCUGAGGGUUACAAGCCGGUUACUACGCAAAUCUACCCCCGCGACGACCCGUAUGUGACCAACGACACCGUGUUUGCGGUCAAGGAUGAUUUGCUCAUCGAUUUCACGCCCAAGCAGGGCGAUGAGAAGGCUACGUUGGAUUUGGUGUACAAUGUCAGGUUGGCGCCCAAGGAUGGUAAGACGGCCGCUAUGGAGGGUGUUGCGCGGCUGUAG